UGUAGCCUAAAACACCGGCACCGGAUGAAUGAGUUAACAACAUCGUAGUUUUUUAUGUAAUAAGUUAAAUGGCAUCACUUCAAGUUUUGUGCCCUAAUGGAAGAAGACAGAAUGUUAAAAUUACACCCAACACCAAGCUUUUGCAGGUGUUAGAAGAUGUCUGUCAAAAACAGAAGUUUCUUCCAAUAGAAGACUACAAAUUGGUUCACGGCAGAAAUACUGUAGACCUCACGCUAUCAGUGAGAUAUUCCAACCUUCCAAACAAUGCAAAGCUGGAGCUGAUAAAAUGUGAGAAGAGCCGAGCUGAAACUGCGGUCAUCAUAGCCCUGCAGUUGGAGACAGGUGAUAGAUUGCAGCAUGAGUUCCACCCUAGCACUUCUCUGUGGCACAUCCUUGAACACUGGGAAGCACAAGAUGAUGGUAAACAUGCUGGCAAAUUGACAAAGGUUGACUCCACUGUAAGCCCAUCUGUGCACCCAGUGUGUAUCUACAUGAGGGAAGAGGUCACGGGUGAGAUGAUGCUCAGAGAAACACAGCUACGUACACUGGGUCUCACAGGCGGCAAAGCUGUCCUCAGACUCCUCCAUCGGCCUAUUGAAGAUGCACUGCUUGAUGAAAUAAAGACUAAAAUUGAAAAAGACAAACAGAGGAAGGCAAGAAUGGGUCAGGCAGAAAGUGUACACCCAGUAGCGUCUACUGAGUCAGAAGUGACAAACUCUGUAAAUGCUCAGUCAAAGCCUGAAAGUGCCAAUACUAACACACAGGUGGCACCAGAGAUAGCUGUAGGCUGUGAGAGUGAGUUGGUGCAGAAGGCUAAAAGGGAGGAGUUUUCCAAUGACCUAGAUGAGCCAAUGGAUGUGGAGCAAGCAGCUGGUGGUGUGGAGUUAACAAUGGAAACAGAGGAGGUGGUCUCUUCCAGCUCUGAUGUUAGCAUGCAGCAAACAGUUCCUGAUGAGAGAAGUGAGCGACAGAAUGCUGUUAACCAAUUGAGAGAUAUACCUGGACUUCAAGUGUUCACCCCUGAUGACUUCCAUGAUUUGUCACCGGAACAGCAACAAGUAGCUAGACAGAUGGCGCAGUCCUUCCUAUCAAGCAUGCCACCUACUUCAGGUUUGGUUCAACAACAAGAGGCUGUAGCCAAAAAGAAACCAAAACAACAUCAACAACAGGCACCUUUUGCAGAUUUUAAGUUUCCAGAGGAAACAAAAGGAAAGAAUGUGUAUACCAAUGAGUAUAGCACUGUGCAGAAAGAUGAUUUCAAGCCCUGUGAUAGACAGACUAUGGUAUUCAACUUUGAAGAAACAGUCCGCUUAACAGAUCCCACAGAAUCUAAUCAAGAUGUGCCAGAUGAAUUCUUUGAGCUGACAGAGCGGGACAUCCGUAGCCUUAUGUCUGAGAAACAGCGACAGCUCCAUGAGUUGGAGGAUCAGCCUCUGAUGACGUCAGCAAUGAGGAAGGCCCAUCUGGAGGAGUUGUAUGGGAAAUACGAGCGUGUGGUGAUCCGCGUGCAGUUCCAUGACAAACUGGUCCUACAGGGUGUGUUCAGACCAAGGGAAACCAUAUUUGCUGUUCAGAAGUUUGUCAAAGAUCAUCUUGAAGACAAGAGUCUCCAGUUCUACCUCUAUACUUCUCCUCCAAAGAGUGUCCUCAAAGACAACACGAAAACACUUAUUGAGGCCAAGCUCAUCCCUGCUGCAUUAAUAUACUUUGGAUCUGAAGAUCAAAAAGAGCACUAUCUGUCUGAUGCUUUGCUGUCAGAGACCAGCUCCAAGUUGCAAGCUGACAUACUGGUCGCAGAAUGCCUUGGAGCAACAAACAGUGAAGACCAAUCUUCAUCAGAUAUGAAAACGUACACUGGAAAGGGCAAGCAGGCAGCCAAGUCACAGAAAAUCAACACAGAGUCAUCAUCAUCAUCAUCAGCAGCAGCAGCAGGAACAUCAUCUUCAGCGCCUUCCUCCAGCAACCAGUCUGAUAAACAUGUCCCAAAAUGGUUCAAAGUGGGUCACAAGAAAUGAUAUGAGAUUAACAGAAGAGUUGAAAGAUAAACAAUGAGCUUUGAACUUUUAUGGAGACAACGCAAUGUAUCACAACUUAUGUUCGUUAAGUGAUGUAUUUGUUUCAUGAUUAUUGUUCUCUUACAGUUGAACAAUGUAAUGCUUUACAAGAGAUGUUAAUUUAUUCACAGACAAAAUAUAACCUUGUUUCUGAGUUGAUACAUGUUUAUGCAGAAUAAAUGUUUAAUGCUUUA